UAGAAGCGCUAGAAAGGCGGUUCUCAUUUUUUGCCAGAGGGAAAUGAAGGCACAGCCAGCGCCCUCUGCUCGGGGAGCAGUGUGGUAGCGCCCAGGUCCGCAGCGGGCUGGUUGGGCGCGCAGUUCGAAGGCUCGGGGCGCGAGCGCGGCUGCCGCUCCUCCUCUGGGCGCGGAGCGCGCGCGGCGUCUCUCCCCUCAGCGCGCGGCUCCGGUCCCUCAGCGCCGGGCUCGGGGUGUCGGGGUUGUGGGGACCCCUCCGCUUGCUGGGGCUCUGGGGUCGGAGGGGGCUGCAGUUGCUUUCCUUGGGCGUGCGUCGAGACGCCCGGGCAAUCACCGGCACCUGUGAGUCUCAGCCCGUGCUUUGGGACGAGCUGGGAAGCAGCGGCUCGUCUGAGGCGUUUCCAGCCGUCACCUGUGAGGUCUGGAGGGUGCAAGGAAAGCAGCGGCACGCAGAACCCCACCAGCUCGUUUCUCACAAACUCUUGAAUGAUUUUCACAGCUCUUGUGGCAGUUUGAAAGCAAGUGUAUAGGCGUGUAUACUGGCAGUAACAAUUCUGAGAAAUGGACAGCAGCCUUUGCCAAGCUUACAAAGAUGAAAUCCAGUCAUUGGAAGAAGAAAUUAGGCUAUUGACUGAAAAGUAUGAAGCUAACCAACAAGAAUCCGUCUCUUUUUCUGAAGAGGAGAUAUUAAUGUCAAUUAAUUCAUUCCAGAAAGAAUUUCAGAGACAAUCUGGAGGACAUGGAUUUCCAUCAGACCUGAAAGCUGAGCUGGAAAGUCUAGAAACAGAUCUCUCAUUUUUAAUGAAAUUUACUGGUAUUCAGUUCACAAGUCAUUGCAAGAAAACAGUGGAAAAAACUAGAAACAGAACAGUGCAGAAGCACAGAUUAUUGGGGAAUUGCCACUCCCUGUCUUUUGAAUUGGAAUUCCAGCUUCUUGAAAUGCAGACCAAAGAGAGCGUGUCUACUGUUAUUACUGAUCUCAGCAUUACAAUGGAAUCUGGAGGAGAUUCAGAUGUGAGCAAGUUUGUGUCAAGGACUGAAAAACAUGGAAGUCUUUUAACAUUUUUCAGAAGCCUUUCAUCUUAUGCUGAGUGGUAUGAACAUCGUAGAUGCACCUUCCUGCAUUUCAAGGCCAAAUAUCCAGACAUUGUGGCCCUUCCGGAUGGACUGUGGGGAGAUUAUAUAAUCCUGAGGAACCCCAAAGUGUCCGGGUUUGAAUUAAUGAUUGUUUGGAAGAUACAUCUGGAUGAAGAAGGGAGAACUACACCUGUUCUGGACCUGCUGACCAAAGUACCAGAGCAAGUUUUGGAGCAGAACAGGGCGACCGUUGAAAACGCACCCGCCCACUUCCGCAGCCUGCUGCUGCUGCUCGGGGCCGAGACAGCCAUCGAGAACCUCAUCAAAGCGCUCGACUUGGAAAAGUGAAUGCCAGCAUUACUUACAACAGGUAGCAAUUUCAAAAGUAGUUUUAAUUAAGAUAUUGUGUUACACAGUCUAUAAUUUUAUUGAAUAUAAACAUUAAGUUAUUUUCCAUUUAGAAACCAUACUCAUAAAACAUGCUAUCUGUACAAUUAUGGCACGUUAUAUAUAAAUUGUCAUGACAUGAAAAUAAAUACAGCCAUUUAAAUACAAAAAUGCCAAAUAAAAUAGUUACAUGUA